UCAACAGAGCAGAGUUUGACAGAUGUUGGUUGUGGACGUAGGGAGGAGGAGGACGAGGACGAGGACGCAAAGCGGAUUCAUUCAGCGCGGAACAAGCGAACAAGACGACGAAGAAGAAGGAAAAGAAGAAAAGUACGUUUAUAAGAACAAACAUGUCGGGAGAAAAAGGCGCGAACCCCUGCAACAAAUUCCAGGCGAAUAUUUUUAACAAGAGUAAAUGUCAGAACUGCUUCAAAUCCCGGGAAAUUCAUCUGCUCAACGAACACGACCAACAGCAGGCAAAACCUGUGUAUGGAGGCUGGCUGUGUUUGGCUCCUGAGGGGACAGAUUUUGACAACCCCAUGCAGAGGUCAAGGAAGUGGCAGCGACGCUUCUUCAUCCUCUACGAACACGGCAGCCUGAGCUUCGCCCUCGAUGAACUGCGGAGCACUUUGCCUCAGGGGACCGUGAACUUGAAUCUGUGUACAGACAUCGUGGACGCUGAGCCCAGGACGGGUCAGAGAAACGCGCUUUGCAUCAUCACAGCAGAGCAGGAAAUAUUCAUCCGUGGAGACAACAAAGAGAUCAUUCAUGGGUGGAGCGAACAGCUGGUGGUGUACCUGCGGACAAACAAGCAGAACCAGAAGAAGAAACGCAAAGUGGAGCCUGUUACCUCUCAGGAACCCAGUCCAGCAAAGAUGGCUGCACCCGACCCAGCAGAGUCCGCUCGUGGUCGGUGGCAGGAGCAGCAGCGGGGCAGGGAACCGGACGUGAGCCCCAUGUGGACUGUCACAGCGGACACUGCCCCGGGCCUGGAGCAGAACCCUGCAGGAAACAACACGUCCACCUCGGUGGCUCCAGUGUCCGCGGACUCUCUGACCCAGGGUGGCGUCGGCACUUUCGGGAGCCCGCGUCUGGACUCUUCGUCAACCGAUGGGAACGCGGACACCGGCGCCGACGACCGUCUCACCGAGUCAAACAACAGGAACCAGAGCCGGGAGAGAAGCCGUGGCAGCAGAGCAGAGAGGAUUCUGGGAUCGGAGACGACAGAGCGGGGAGAAGGCGACGCCGGGUCCAGCAGGGGCGCCAGAGAGCAGCAGCAGCAGGAGGAGGAGACGCUGCGGUCCUGUGGAGACUCGGCCCGGCUCGGCGCUCCCCCUCCCCACAGACCAGCCAAAUCUCUGGAGCGCAGGACGUCCGACACGGUCAUGACGCCAGAUCUGUUAAACUUUAAGAAAGGCUGGAUGGUGAAACUGGAUAAAAACAACCAGUGGAAGAAAUACUGGUUUGUACUGUCAACCGACACACUGAGAUACUACAAGGACUCGGUCACAGAGGAGUCUUCAGAUCUGGAAGGAGAAAUCGACCUGACCAUGUGUUUUCAUGUGUGUGAGUACGACGUGCAGAGGAACUACGGCUUUCAGAUUCACACCCCAGAGGCUGUGUACACGCUGUCGGCCAUGACGGCAGGAAUACGCAAGAACUGGAUCCAGUCUCUGACGAGGAACGUUCACCCGGCUAGUGCUCCUGACGUCACCAGUUCACCCGGCCGCCACCUUCACACCCACAGUCCAUCUGAAGUUCUCCCCAAACCAGAUGUGACUCAGGACUCCCGUUCCUCUCACGUCCUCUCAGAGAGACGUCCUCAACCCAAACCCAGGAGUGUGACGGAGAGACGACGGGAGGGACGCUACAGAACCUUCGACUGGGCCGAGUUCAGACCCCGGAAGAAGCCGACACUGGAGACCGACCGUCCGAGGAUUAGCGCUCCACUCUCACUGGAGCUGGGAGACCUGGAGAGGAGGAAGAGGCGGCAGGAGAGGAGGAGGAGGUACGAGAACAUGCUGGGCGUCUCUCUGAGCUGGGAAGAGGUUGGAGCUGUGACACCGGACGACGGUGGCGGCGGCAUGGUCAGAACUCUGAGUCCAAGAUCACAGCGGAGGGUGGAGGAGGAGAUGGAGGAGUGCUGGAGGAAGGUGGAGAGGAGUGACUUCAGGCUGGACAGACGAGUCCCACUGUUGACUGAAGACAAGGACACUGUGGACAUGGAGAAGCUGCUGAACAGCUGCAGGGAGCGGGUUGAGGAUCUGAAGGCUCAGCUGUCCGAGUCGGAGCUUCGCAGGCUGGAGCUGGAGACCCGUGAGCAGCUCACGUCGCUGGAUCCUCCACUGGAGUCUGAGUCGUCAAACAACCAGGCAGAGAGUCCUGGAGAAAAGAACCGCCUAGAGAGUGGAGAUAUUUCUCAGCAGCAGGACACGCAGGAACAACUCGGAUGUGAAGCACCUUCAUCCACACCUGAGCUUACGCCUGCCACCUGGCUGCAAGACCCAGGCGGUGACAUCCAGGAACUUAAAGAAGGUGUAACCACACUGAAGCUGCUGGACGGAGGAGACGGUGGACUGUUGACCUCAGAAGCACAAGACGAGAAGACACCUUUGACCGUCUGCCUCGCAGAGCAGCACAUUCCUCCAGACCAGGCGAUGGUGAGGAGGCUCUCCACAGAGGUGGAGGUCCUCUCCAGCCAGAAUGAGGCUCUCAACCAACGCAACCAGGAGAUGCUCAACCAGCUGACGGAGGCAGACCGCGAGAUAGCGAGGCUGCGAGCAGAGCUGAGCAGCCGCUACACUGAACCACAUCACCUUCCAGAGGUGGAGCAAGGAGAACAGAUGAGGGCAGAGGAUCUGGAUCAGGAGCUGAGCUUGAAGAACAAGGAGCUCCUGGAGGCACAGACGCUCAUCACGGCUCUGACGGAUAGUCUGAGGGAGAAGGAGCUGCUGCAGCUCAAUGUCCCACAAGAAACAGGAGAAGCUGGAAAGGACAAAAGCGAGCAGAAGGCAGACGGAUACCUGCGGCGGUGUUUUGAGGCCACAGAAGCGAAGAUGAUGGAGCUGGAGAGGCAGCUCCACCAGUCGGAAACAAAGUGCAGGCAGCUGGAAGCCCACAACACCGAGCUGAAGGAGGCUGAGAGACUUUGUCAGCAGAGAUCUGUGGAGGCGGAGGCUGACAUCGCAAGGUUGAAGCAGGCGUUGGAGGAUGAGAGGGUAGGCAGAGAAAAGAGACAAGUUUCAGGUGAGGACAGGAUCCAGCAUGUGAUGGAUGGGAUGGUGCUGAGGUUGGAAGCAUUGGGGAGGUUCUUGGAGGUCAUUGACAAGUUGGAUUUUGGGAAACAGAGAGAGAACGAGGAGACGAUUCCCGCAGCAGUGAGUCAGCUAAUGUGGGAGGAAAAGUUCUGGAGUUCAGUUCUCAACAAACUGCAGACCAGCACAUCAGAAACGAGCAAGGAAAACUCUGGUGAAGUUCUUCUCAGAGAGGUGUCGGAGCGUAUGAUCGUGGAGAGACAGAUGCUGCUUUUAGGACAUGGUCUGCGUCCAGAAGCAGGUUCAUGCACGGACGAUGGGAAGGAAGGUUUGAAAGAUCUGGAUCUUGUUUUGAGUACAGCAAGUGUGACUGAGAUGGAAACCAAAGACAUGAACGGAAGCAGGAUCUUUGGUUUUAUGACCCAGCAGAGGCACAGUGAACUUUUCAGAGUAACCGCGCAUGUGAAUAUGUCUUUGCUUAACCUCGUGGCCUCCUCCGUCAGCUCCUCUGCCUCUGAGGAACUCCAGCUCAUCACUCAACAGCUCAAAGAUUCCUACCUUUCUGAGAGUCUGUGGUUUGGUUUGGUUCACUCGGCGGCCACUGAAGCUCUUUACUGCUGUUAUAUUAACCAGCUUCAGUCAGUGUGUGAAAAAGAGCUUCAAGAAACCGAGCAGAAACUUCUCAACUGCAGCAGCUGCGUCAGACUCGUGGAGGAAAACAAGGAGCUGAGAGAGAGACUGUCGGAUCUAGAAGGACAACAAGCAUCAGAUCAGGACGUAGAAUCACACAUUCCAGAGGAAAACGGUGAUCCAGAUCAUUCAGGGGAUGAAAUUGAAACAGCAGAAGAGGAGAUGGACGAGUCGGUGGAAAUUCAAGUUUUGGGGAACCAAGAAGUGUCCGAUGGAAAGGAAUCGGAUCCAAACCUUGGGAUGGAGGAAGUUUUAGAGCUGAGAAGAAGAGUGAAGGAGCUGGAGGAGUCUCUGUCUGUCACUGUGGAGGAGCUGAGCCGAGAGUUCCACGGGAAAAUGAGUUGUGUUCAGCAGCAGCAUGGGAAGGAGGUGGAAAAGCUGAAGGCCACCUGUCAGCGAGGAUUUGUCUCAAUGGAGGAGUCGCAUCUGAAGGUCGUCGAGGAGCUGCAGCGCCGACACCAACAGGAGGUGGAGCGCCUCCUGGUGGAAAGAGACCAACUGCUGGAGGAGGAAAGCGCUGCCACGGCAACAGCGAUUGCAGCCAUAGAGAACGCCCACCGUGUGGAGCUGCAGCGCCACAUGCAGGAAAGGUGUCUGUCAAAAAACGAUGAAGUAAGCGCUGAGUUGGCGGAGAUGCUUGAGGAGCUGGCCUCCCACCAGAGGGAGCUGCAGGUCCUGUCGCAGCAGUUUUCUCUCAAGUGUCUGGAGAACGGACAUCUGGUUCAGGCUCUGGAAGCCGAGAGGAAAGCGCUAUGCCAGUGUCAGCAGGAAAAUCAGGACCUGAGGUCCAGAAACCAGGAGCUAAGUGGUCACCUAGCAGCAGAGAUCACCAGACUGUGUUCACUGGCCAAACAUGACGAGCUGCCACUCAGUCAGAGGAUGGACGUCUAUGAGCUGGAGAUCACCCUGCGAGUGAAGGAGUGUGAGGUCGAGUGUCUGAAGCAGGAAGUCACGUCUCUGAAGGAGGAAGUGCAGUUGGCACAGAGGGACAAAAGAAUCGCAACAAAGAAAUACCAGGACAUGUUCAGCGAGGUCAACUUCAUCAGAGUCAAAGCGGAGCGAGAGACGAACGAACUGAGAGAAAACUUGCAACUGACUCGUCAGGUUCUGGACCAGGCGUCGCCAUAGCAACAGCAACAUUUCUCUUCAACGCAACGUGAAUCACUUUAACCUCAACAACAGCA